AUGAUGUUUGGUCAUGAUGAGGAGCAGCCAAGGAGGUCUGAGCAUGCAGCACCUGAUCAAAGCCGAGACAUCAUUGCUUCUGUUCAGUGCAUCUUGGACAGAGAAAAUUUUGUGAGGGAGGUGGACAGAUAUUUGAGGCACAGUGAUUUCCUUAAUCUGAGAAAGAAAGAGCUUCUCUACAAAAAAUAUCUUGAGGAUGUUUCAGAGCCAUUUUUGCAGAAAAUGAAGGACCGAAUGGACAGCAAGUCAGAGGAAGAAGUGCAGAAAAGGAGACAAGAACAAUUAUCUCAAUAUUUAAACUACUGUACAAAGAAGGGCUACGUGUUUUUGGACGAUUAUGACCCAUCAGAGUACGAUCCAUUCUUCCAGAAGAGGGGCAUAGACUGCUGGAAGGAUGAAAGUCAUCAACUAGCAUAAUGACAGAGUGAGCCAAUGAUGUCACCUGUCCUCCAGCUGACCACAGCAGCAAGCACAGCCAUCAAAGGUACCCUUUACAAAACAGGUUACAUGCACUGCCAAAGCAAGUGAGAAGAGGCCGGGUCUUUGGGCAAACUGCAAUAAACUUACUGUCUUAAACUUGUAGUUCUGAGAUGUUGCUACCCAGCAGGCAAAGAAAUGUCUGAGAUGCUGCUCCUCCUCUUGCCAGAUCCAAUUCAAUGCUCUACAGGCCAAAACCUGUUAUUUUAGGAGGUUUAACUUGGGCUGAGCUCAAUAAAGACAGCGCUGGUGUUCUCUCCUGGAGAUAGUGUCCAAGCAGUAAAUCAAACUUUUAACAUACAUCAUAGGUGUUUUGAGAAGGUAGGAAGAGGAGAUGGGAAGUGGUGCAUGAAACAUCUGGUGCUUUUUGGAGAGUUAGUGCUGAGCAGCAGCUGCUGCCAGUGCCCUCAAACCUGUCCCUCUCCUGUGCCAGUGCAGUCCCACCUCCCUGCUGGUGUGGCUGCUCAGCAGCUCUGGGCUCAAAGCCUGGAAACUGAAUUUUCUCUGUUCUCCAAACUCCCAUUGUACAGACACAAUCUCUCAAGAGAUGCCAAGAAUUGAGUUUUAUUUAGGAUUAGAAAUACUGAACCACAGAAAACUGUUAAAUGGAACAGAGUUUGACUCAGUAACAGGAGGGUGUACAGAUGGUGACUGGUGGGAAACUGCCAGACUUCAGGAGGAAUUUCUGCACCCGUGGAAAACAAGGGCACGGGCUGCUCAGAACUGCAUGCAGUGCUUCUGCAACAAAGCACUUUAAAGGAGGCAGUAAAUAGUUACAAGGUAUCAAAUAUUUAUAAACAAACUUCCUUUUCUUUUUUAAACCUUCCUGAUUUGGUGCCAAGAGAAAGUUUUUGCUUUCAACCACUUCAUUUUACAAUUUUAUAUUGGGGUGAAGUUCCCCAGAGCAAAUCCUUUAAACUUGUAAUAAACUUUCCUUG